AUGUCUCGUAGAGGACCUGCAAAACGAUGCCAAGUAAUGGACCUACAAAUCGAUCCCAAACACUACGCCUUCAAGAAGGAGCCAAAAUCAAAAGUCGGGAGUGAAGUAGAGUACCAGAGUAAAGAGACUGAGGGGUUCAUAGAUUUUAGAGGAAGGAGCUUGCAGUGCAGAGGAUGCACCGGUGACAGAUGUGCAAGAAGGGAAGCUGGUGGUGUGGGUUUCCGGCCACUGGUGGUGUGGGUUUCCAGCCUAUUGUCGUUGGUUUCCAAUGUGGGUGUUCUUGAGACUCCACCACCUAACAACUCAAAACCACCGCCACCCAGAUCUGGAACUCGAAGAAGGGAGGUCGGAUGCCAUCUUCCUCAGCAAACCCCAAAUUUUCGCCGCCUUCGUUUCUCUACUUCUCCUGCGCUUCACCGUUCCUCAGAUCUGAAAGCCUUCACCAACGUCGGACAGGAAAACCCUCAUCCGCAAGAAGGUAACACCAGACGAUGGUGUCGUCUUCGACAGAGUUGUUGGCGGCGCUGUAGAGAUGUUGCAGAUCUGGAGCUUCAAAGUUGGUUGAGGCUCUCAAAUGUUGUGGUGAGCACAUGCAAAGAGAAAAGUCUUUUUCAAAGUCAAAAAAGAAUUACGACAGUCGUCGAUUUCCUUGACUUUCUUUGCUCUAUAUUUCUCCACUUUACUUCAUCGAUUGCUCUAUAUUCCUCUCCUCUGCAACACCAGCCCCAAAUCGUCAGCCUCUGCAAAAGAAAGCAGCCCCAAAUCUUCCCGCUCUCUCAUUUUCCUGAGCCUGCGGUCAUACCAUCAAUGGCAUCUUCUUCAACUUCAUCCGUUCACAAGAGCUUUAAGUAUGAUGUAUUUUUGAGCUUUAGAGGUGAAGACACCCGUAAAAGCUUUAUCGAUCAUCUUUAUUAUGCUCUUCAGCAGAAAAACAUUUCCACUUAUAAGGACGACGAGAGAAUUGAAAAAGGGAAAAGGAUCAGUGAUGAGCUCAUGGAAUCCAUUGAAGACUCAAAAUUCUUCAUCAUUGUUUUCUCCAAGAAGUAUGCGUCUUCAUCUUGGUGCUUGAAUGAGCUUGCAAAGAUAAUGGAGUGUCAUAAGUCAACCGAGCAUACUGUUUACCCCGUAUUCUAUGAUGUGGAACCCUCUGAAAUCCGCAAUCAGACCAGGGCAGUCGGAGAAGCCUUUGCCAGACACAAAAAGGAAGAGGCUGCUGGGAAAUGGAGAAAGGCUUUGAAAGAAGCAGCUGAUGUGGCUGGUUGGGAGUUGAAGAACACUGCUGAUGGGCAUGAAGCUAAAUUCAUUAGACAAAUUGUUGAAAAGCUUUCACUAGAGUUACGUGCCAUCAAUGUCAGCAUCGAUAAAAACUUAGUAGGCAUGGAGAUUCGGAUCAAGGAUAUUAUAUCAUCUUUAGGAACUGCUUCUGAUGGUGUUCACAUGAUCGGGAUCUGGGGGAUAGGAGGUGGUGGGAAGACAACUUUGGCCAGAGCCAUUUUUGAUAAAAUAUCAUUUCAAUUUGAAGGGAAAAGUUUUGUUGAGAAUGUCAGGGAAGUUUCAAAUGCACCUUUGUCUGGUUUAAAGCCAUUACAAAUUCAAAUCCUUUCAAAUGUCUUGAAUAAUCAUGGCAUCAACAUAGGUAGUGUUUCCGAGGGGAAAAACAUGAUGUCUUGGAUGAUGGGUGGUAGAAAGACUCUUCUUGUUCUAGACGAUGUGGAUCAUGUAGCCCAGCUUGAGGCAUUAGCUGGUGACCGUAGUUGGUUUAAGCCGGGAAGUAUAAUUAUCAUUACAACUAGAGAUGAGCAAGUGUUGGUAGCACAUGGAGUGAAGUUGAUUCAUCAUGUCAAUCUGCUAUCAGAUAAGGAAGCAAUUUGGCUCUUUAGUAUGUAUGCCUUUGGGAGAGAUUUUCCAUAUCAAGAGUACGAAGAGCCAUGUGGAAAAGUUGUAUGUUAUGCAGCUGGUCUUCCUUUAACAAUCAAAGUUUUGGGUUCAUUUCUCUGUGGUAAAAGUAAGCUUGAAUGGGAAGAUGCCCUAAAUAGACUAAAAACAAUUCCGUUACAGGAAACUCAGAAAAAGUUGGAACUAAGCUAUAUUGGUCUAGACGACGAUUACAAGGAAAUAUUCCUAGAUGUUGCAACCAUACUGAAAGGUUGGCGGAAAGACUUUAUAAUUCAAGCACUUGAAAGCUGUGGAUUUCAUGCUAGAAUUGGUUUAAGAGUUCUUGAGCAAAAGUCUCUCGUAACUAUUGAUAGUGAGCGUUUGGGCAUGCAUGAUCAUUUAGAAGAAAUGGGCAGGAAUAUUGUUCGUCGUUCACAUCCCGAUAUGCCUAACAAACAUAGCAGAUUGUGGGAUACCAAGGAAAUUGAAGAUAUAUUGGCUAAUGACUUGGGUACUGAAGCAACAAGGUGUGUGCAAUUCUACCAGGGGAGACUCAGUCCACAAAUUGUUAUGGAAGGUCUUAGAAAGAUGAAGGAAUUGCGGUUUCUUGAUGUGGAAAAUCUUUUCUCGAGUUUGGAAGAUAAUAAAAUCAUGCCAAACUUUCUAAAUGGUUUAGGAUUUCUGUGUUGUAAUUGGAGUUUUGAUAAAGUCAGCCUCAGCCCAUAUUUUCCAGAUGGUUUACGCUUUCUGCGUUGGACCAGUUACCCUUUUAGGUCUUUACCCCAAACAUUUGAAGGAAGUAAUCUUGUUGCUCUUGACAUGACUAACAGUGAUAUGCUACAACUUUGGGAAGGGGGAGAAAGAAAGGUUCUUAAACAGCUCAGAUUCCUUGACCUCAGGGGUUGUUCAAGGCUGAGGAGCAUUGACAUUGGGCAGACUCCAAAUCUCGAGAUAUUAACCAUUACAAGAUAUGGUGGUUUGGUAGAACUUUACAUGCCCUUUGAACGUCUAAAACUCAGAUCCCUCGAACUUCAUGGUGUAAAGUUGAGGACAUUUGAACUUGGGCUGACCCCAAAUCUCGAGAAGUUGUGGCUUGAAGGUGAAGGCGGUGAGUUGGAAGAACUUCAUAUGCCUGAACUUGAAAAGGCCAAUAAAUGUGUAAAGCUCAGAUCCCUCAAGCUUUCUGGUUUAAAGCUGAGGACCUUUGACCUUGGGCCGAGUCCAAAUCUUGAGAGGUUGAGUUUUUAUGAUUGCAAAGAUUUGGAAGAAUUCCACAUCACCGAAUGUCCAAUACUGACAAGCAUCAAGAUUGGGCUUUCAAAGUUGAGGAUCCUUGAUCUAAGGCUUGUUCCCAAUCUCAAUAAAUUGUUUCUUUUUGAAUGCAAAGGUUUGGUAGAUCUUCACAUGCCCAGUAGAUGUCUAAAUCUCAGGUCCUUGAAAAUCACUAAUUCAAAGUUGAGGACCUUUGACAUUGGGUUGGCUCCGAUUCUCACGCAUUUAAGUUUUACAAGUUGUUAUGAUUUGGAAGAACUUCAUUUGGCCAAUGAAUGCCAAGAGCUUGAAUCCAUCACCAUUACUCAUUCAAAGUUGAGGAUCCUUGACCUUGGGAUGGCUCCAAAUCUCAAGGAAUUACAUCUUAAAGAAUGUUAUAAACUGGUGCAACUUCACCCGCUCAUUGGAUGUCUAAAAUAUCUUGUCGACUUAGACUUGAGUGGCUCUUUCUGCUUUACGUAUUUUUCAUUUCACAUAAAGGAUAAUACUUCUGGUAGAGUGAAUGAAUCACUUGAGGUUCGUCCUUUAGCUAACUUAUAUUUCACCCUAGGAAGUUGCCCAUUUCACCUCGACUAUCAUUUGCCAGAGUUUGAGUUUACAUGUUUUCAUAAAGAAGAUCUACCCUCAUUGAUUACAAGUAUUGAGAAGCUUAUUUGUGGAGAUCCAUGUACUUGCACAAGGCUUGAGACGUUUUCAAGUAGCAUUUGUGAGUUACAACGUUAA